ACCAAUUUCCCGCAUACACACUCACUUUGUCUGAGUCACGGUAUAGCAAUGGAAGUUCCGAGUCUGAGCUCUGACGAGAAGACGACUUGCGUAACCUCUUUUGCUGUGCUUCACACUCUCCUUCCUUCUGCCAUUUCCCUUGCUUCCUUUCUCAUCAAGACCGGAUAUCUUCUUGCAGAUGUCAAUAAUUUAGUGUCACCAAUGGAUGGAAGGUUUCCUUUGGACCAACUGUACAAAGGGACACAUACUUCUGAAGAAAACAGGGAUGCUAGUGAAACAGAGGAUGAUGAGGAUGAAGAAGACAUGAAUGAUGGAGAUGAUGAUGAUGGAGAUUACGAGGACUCCUCUGGUGAUGAAGGCGAGGAAGAAGGAGAUCCUGAUGAUGAUCUUGAGGCCAAUGGUGGAGGAGGAAGUGAUGACGACGAAGAGGAUGAUGAUGAAGAUGAUGAUGGGGAGGAUGGAGAAGACGAGGAAGAUGAUGAAGAGGAAGAGGACGAUGACGAAGAAGAGGAGUCUCCACGACCACCUUCUAAGAAGAAGAAGAAGUGAGAAUUAUACUAGUAGGCUAGUUGUUCUCCUCCUACCUUUGUAAUGCUUUCUAGUUUCUAGUCAAGUUUAAUUAGCAGGAUAGAGAUUUGCUAGCUUGGACCUGUCAUCUCAUCUUUUUGAUGUCUAGUAAUUAGUAUCAUAUUUUGUAAACGUUAUAAUUGGUAUGUUCUCGGUGUUACGAUGAUGUUGUUAAUGGUGUAUGGUGGCAAGCCAAAAAUCGGGU